AUGUGGGGCAUCAGGCUGUGCAUCAUGGUGCGGAAGGCGCCAUCGGAGUUCAACGAGAGUCGUUUCAUCUCCAUGGCGAUCUACAAUGAGUUUUUACUCUCUGUUUUCCUUAAUAUAUCAAUGUUAUUUCUGCAAUCACCAGCGAAUCCAGACCUCUUGUAUAUAAUAUUCUUCUGCCACACGCAGCUCACUGUGACCCUGCUGCUGUGUUUCAUCUUUGGGAGUAAGGAGGAGUUCCGCAAAAUAUGCAACCAGUUAGAAAAACUACGCGAGCGAUGUGGUACUGGAGCUGCUGUGUCAAAAAGAAUCGCUGCGAUGCAAGAUGCGGCCUCGUUGCACGACAGAAAACCGCCUGCUUCGGAUUCAGCACCUCUCAAACUCAACACAGUGUUCAGUGCAGUAGCCGACAGACUAAUGUGUACCGUUACACCUGCAGAGGAAUCUAGCAGUAGUGGUCGUGACUUGCCUUUCGAAGCACCCCCCGCUUACAAACAUAAAACAUUCAGUCCCACAAAGAGCGUUGAAGUCAGUAACGCUGAACAAAGUCAGACUGACGUUACAACAGACUCCCCUAAGACGAAAGUUCAGGAAGAAACAAAAGAUGAUAAACAGAAUGGUGUUUUCAAAAUCUCUGGUGAAGCCAAUUGCAGUGAUAUACGUCCUCCCGAAGUGGCCAGUCGAAAUGGAUUUAAUGGUAAAAGUGAAAAAACCAGUGAACUUAAAUCUAGCCCCGGUAGUUCUGAAACAGUACGUGGAGUGAGAUCAGGUCAUGCAAGAACUCAUGCUAUAGUUAUUAAUUUAGACGAUAAAAGCCGCUUCACAGAGGAAGUUACUGUUUAA